CCCAGUGAUAAACACAAAAUUUCAUUAUGCCACAGCAGCUACAACGGCGACAACAUCAACAACAACAACAACAACAACAACAGCAAAUACAGCAGCAAAAAAGUUACCUAAAAUUGAUGUGAUGCGACAUGUCGACCAACAGCUUACAGAAGCAGCCAACACAGACGGACGUAAAGAUCUGUUUAGCCGUACCAACAAAAACGGUAUUCGACCUGGUGCUAUUGUGCUUGUUGAAACAUACAACAGACCUGGAGAAACAGCCUCGCAAAGUUUUAUGGGCGUCUGCAUUGCCAUUCGUCGAAAGGGCAUCAACACUCAUUUCACACUAAGAAAUAUGGUGAUGCGUGUCGGUGUAGAACAACGAUUCCAGCUUUAUUCACCUUUAUUAAAGAGUAUUAAAGUAUUGCCUCGACCCAACGAAGAGAAAUUCAGAAGAGCGAAAUUGUACUAUUUAAGAGAGGAACCAGGAAAGGCAUUACAACCUAUGCAAUCAUUAUGGAAACAAGAAUUAUUGGAUAGAGCAAAGAAUUAACAAAAGAGAUGAGAUGUUAAGCUGUCAAUAUCAUUAAAUAGUAUAGGAAGAGAUGGGUAAUAAAAAAAAUAAAAAAAUAAAA